AGUUAGCAGGCGCCGGAGGAGCUAGCAGGCUAACUAGCUACUUUUUUUUUCCUUUUUUCUUUUUUUUUUUUAUUCCUAGUAACGCUGCGAGGAAAUGGAGCGACCGCUCCGCGGAACACGGUGCGCGGCCGCGCGCGGCCGGACAGAACACCCCCAGUUUAAUUAAUCAGCGUGGACGCAUCGUCCGCGGGGCGGGAGACAUCGCGACGACAUUGUCACCGGGGAGUUUGACAGCCGUGAAUCAGCCCCUCCGCCGCUGCGCUCUACUCGGGGCUCUCUCUCUCUCUCUCUCUCGCUCGCUCGCUCGCUCCUGCAAACCGAAGCAAGAUGGACUCUCGUUCGGCUCGUCCGUCUUGUCGGGGCUCCGAUCGACAUUUUGCUCGGAGAUGAACGUGUGUGCUCCGGAGGUCAUCGUCAUUGCAUGACAAAGGCAGUGGCAGACUCAUCUUCAUCACUCAUACAGCAUUUCCAUAGUUUCAUCUGCAGUGCGGUAGUACCAUGAAGGGUGGAGGAAGGGGCAAGGAGCCACCUGUUAUUGGGGAGGUCACUGGCAAACGCCCCAAACGUAAAUGCCUUCAGUGGCACCCACUUCUCUCCAAGAAGGCUCUGGAUUUCUCUGAGGAGGAAGAAGAAGAGGAUGAAGAGGAGCUGGAGAAGCCAGUGUUGUGCGGCCCAGACCAGGGGUCGCAGAUGGAGUGUGGAAGCACACCGGAGGAAGUGGAGGAGGAUUCGAAUGAACAACGGGCGAGGCGGCCAAUGAACGCGUUCCUCCUCUUUUGCAAACGCCACCGUUCCCUCGUGCGACAGGAACACCCUCGCCUGGACAACCGCGGGGCCACCAAGAUCCUGGCCGACUGGUGGGCUGUGCUGGAGCCCAAGGAGAAGCAGAAAUACACUGACAUGGCCAAGGAGUACAAGGACGCGUUCAUGAAGGCCAACCCAGGCUACAAGUGGUGUCCAACCACCAGCAAACCAGUUAAGAGUCCUACUUGUCAGCCAGUCAGCAAUCCCCGCAAAAAGGUCUGGUCCUUCACUUCCAACUUAUCCAAGGACUCCACAACUGCCAAAAAAGUGCCCAAAACUGACAGCAUGCCACAGUUAAACUUUGCCAUGGCAGAUCCUACGAAGAUGGGAGGCCUUAGCAUGCUGCUAUUAGCUGGGGAACAUGCCCUCACAAACAGGGAGAUCCCUUCCGGCACUAAACCUAGUUUACCUGACAUGGGAAGUGAAGAGACCUGCGCUCCAGGGGAAAAGGAAGAGAUGUUGUCCGGAACAAUAACGAACAGGGUGCCGGAUGUGACUGAAAGCAGGGCCAAGUCUGCCCUCCCCCCUCUGGCAGAGUCAUCUCUGUCAGCGGCACCUGAAGGAAAACCAUGCAGGCAAUCGGCUCUCUUCCAGCUCGCUGAGAUGUGCUUAGCGUCUGAAGCUGGAAAGAUGGACACGGUUGUGUCGCAGCCAGAGGACAGCUCCUCUGCAGCCUGUAUCCCACAAACUACAGUCAAGCAAGAGGUCAAGGAGGAGACACCAGACACAGGCGACUGUCCUCCCUCCUCUCACACGUCGACCCACUUACCUUCACUCUCCUCUGUCACGUCUACCUCCAUUGAUGCCAUUCCCCUACAACUCGGCAGCCAAAACACAUGUGUCAAAAAGAAGAGCAAGAAAAAAGAGGCGGCCAAGUCACAUGAUAACACCGAGAUCCCCUGCGCAGCAAAGAAGAUUAUCAAAACUUGUAACCAUGCAGAACCAGUAGUGGAUAGUGUAUUCAGCACUAUUGAAGCGGUGGCCAAAGGGUGGAAGGAUAUGGAGGAGAAACCCAAGAAGAAGAUCCAGGGCAGUCCUGGAGGUGGAGACUCUGGUUUGCCCAAAAAGAAGAGCAAGCCCAAGGUCAAGAGCUCUGUGAAGGAAAAAGAGGAGGAGAUGGAUGCAGGCAGUGGGCAGUGUGGACAGUUAACUUCCUCUGAGGUGGAAGUAGAGGAAGAGGUGACCCAUGUUAGCUCCAAGACAGAAGCAGAGGAAGCAAGUGUAGAAAGCACAGACCUUCAGGGCAGCAUGACAGAACUUCUUCACUCCCCCGGCAACUCUUCACCUGCUAAGCUCGGAGAGGAGGAAAAGGGGAAGGAGAGGCAGAGUGAAGGGAUGUUUGAGUCCUACUCAGAGAACCGUGGCUCCAGGAAAUCAGAGCGGAGCUGUAAAGGAGCCUUGUAUAAAACCCUGGUUUCUGAGGGAAUGCUGACUUCACUGAGAGCCAACAUUGACCGAGGUAAAAGAGGAGCUUUCCGUGCAUUUGAUCAUGAUGCAAACUGGUGUGAUGACAGCUGGGCUGUUCCACAGUUGGGACCUAAUAACCCCAAGAAGCUGAAAAAGUCCAAGUCCAAAGAUGAAUCUUCACAAGGCCUAGGGAAGCUGGAGGAGGAGUUUGAAAAGAAGUUCAACAGCCUACCGCAGUAUAGCCCAAUGACAUUUGAUAAGAAGGGCACAACUGUUGCAAAGAAGAAGAAGCCCGACAGCCCCACUGUCCCAGAGGAAGCCUCUAAAGUGGGAAAAGGGUCAUCUCCAUCUCAGAAAAAGACUUCAUUCCACAAGAUUGUUAGGAAGCACAAAAACAAAAAGGAGAAACCAGGUGCAGUGGACAAAGCAGUGCAGAGUGAUUCCACCACACAGGAUUCAGCUUCAAAAGCCAAACCAUGUGCCCCCGUUGCCAUUAUGUGCCCAGAUGUCCAAGGCGCCACUAGUAUGGAGAUGCUAGUCGGUAGCCAGAAGAGGAAGGCGAGGAAGACCAAGAUCACACACUUGGUGCGCACAGCUGAUGGCAGUGUGUCUACAGCUGAGGAGGACAAAACUAGGGACCUGAACCAGGAACAGGAUACGAAGCCAUUACACCAACAGAAUUUAUGCAAUGAAAAAGGGUGCUACAGUAAUCCCAGAGCAGAGGAGGCAGAGAGGAGCCCCGCACCACAAGAGCUACCUGCUUUCUUCAGCUUGGCCGCCCUUGCUGAGGUAGCAGCCAUGGAAAACGUUCACAGAGGCCAGAGAGGCUUGGCUGAAAGUCAGAAGAAAGAGCUGGCCCAGACUCCGGUCCUCAUCUCCUGCGCUGAUCAGUGAAAACUCUGCUGCUGUUAUGAGAAGCCACAACCUGGACAUUGGCAGUGGAGCUUUACUUUCCUCAGUGGUAAGCCCACGCUGAAGGGACAAUUGAACAGGAAGCUUUGGACUGAAUCCUUCCUCCUCGUGGCGAAUUUGCUUGAGCUUGGGUUCACAGUGGGGGAAAGAGAUCCUCUCCUCCUCCUCCUCCUCCUCCUCCUCCUCCCUGCUCCUCGCUAUCUCAGUGUUUUCCCUGAAGCCUUCCUUUGGUUUAAGGCAGGAUGCCUUUCUGAAGUCCUAACCCCCCUUUGAUGCUCCGUUAGGGCCUGUGGACGAACCAAGCUUUCCCCUAGUGCAUGGGUUCCCCUAUAGAGAUGGAUGUCAUGGGUUUAUUGUACACUGUUUUAUCAAAUAGAGGCCACUUUUAAGGUCAAGUCUUGCAGUUUAAGAGAACAGCUUUAUAGGUAAGAAAAGACCCAACAAUGCAUUCGUUCUAAGGACAAACACAGCUUCGCUGUCACCUUUUUACCUCACACAAGCCUACUGAAGAGUUCCCCACACCUCUGGUAGAAUGCCUCUGUAUCUGAAUAGCUCUUAUCCCUUCCAUUCCCUCCAGCUUCAACCCAAAAUGUCUGUAACCAGGGUAAAUAAUCAUGACGGACAGGCAUCCAUUACCAACUACUCGCUUAGUGUUUCUCUGUGGUACACUGAUGUAGUGCACUGCGGAUAAAUCAUUACAUUAUAUUAUAUUUAAAUCAGAUAGAUCAUGGUUGAAUAUUUGAUUUGUAUGUUAAGAUCCUACUGUAAAACAGUAUGUGGUAGCUAGGAGUAACCAUGUGAGACUGAAUGCUUGAGGAGACACCUGUGCAUCUGAACUGGAGUUCACUGGGUCCCUGUCUGACUUAGGAACUGCUUCUUGCGAUGGGCAGAUGGUGUGAACAUGAUUCAGAUUUAGCCUUAACCCCCCUCCCCCCGACCCAGACCCUCUUUGUACCACCACAAAGCCCUCAACCAGCUUCUGCUCAACACCAUCACAGUCCCCAAGUCAGUGUAAUGUUUAGGAAAAGUGAAAAUGCAGUUGUUUUUGUCGAUACUUGAUCUUUGCGUAGCAAUUAGAAUGGUCAGUUCCUCGUGUGCAACUUAUUUCACAGAACAGGUUUUUGUUUCUUUGUUGUUGUUUUUUUAUUUUACGUAAAACACUGCACUAAUUUGUAGCUGAGGUUUGAGUUGCUCUUGGAAGGGUCAUGAAAUGCCUUGUCUCCACCUGUCAGUGUUCUUACUCCACCACCUGUCUCCAGCUCCCACACAGAAUAUCAGCAGUAUGACUUCACUGUUGUGUGAACGGGUUUCAUGCUCUGUGUCUCAUGAAAUUAGCAAUUUACCCUACCCUAACCCUAACCCUGGUUUUGUGCAGAAAGUAUUGGUCUAGCGUGUGGACAGCCGACCGUGCUAAGUUAUGGUUCCUCUUGGAGCCAAUGGAGACAAGGCAUUUGAUAACAAUUUCCCCAUUUGUUUCCUAUUGGCCUUUUGAGAUUUUAUCACCAAGUACUGGUCUACGCAGAGGUUCCAUGACACCAAUGUUUUCAAUUGUAAAAGUAACUGUUAGUGUUUGGUCAGAAUCAUUCCAGUUCCACGCCCGUGUCCCGGCCGUACCUUAGUUCGCAGUUGGAGUAGGAAUGAGGAAACCUGUGGCCAGAUGCAGAGACUCUGCAGAGGUGUUGUCUUCCCAAGUGUCGGACAGAGUUUUAGGGUGGAGCUGCCACAGACUAGUGGAGACUAACUGAGCACUCCAGGCCGACUCCCCAGCAAUACCCCUCCUCAGCCUUUUGUCCCUCUGUGUAGACCAAUACUUAACUGAUCACAUUUUGGAUUCUGUCACAUUUCUAACUUUUAUAGCUAUGUGUUUUCUCUUUGAUUGUUCUUCUGUUAAGGUAAUGUGCAUUUAUGAUGCUCUUUUAACUAAGUCCUCUUUAUGAACUUCAGUGUUUUUUCCUGAGGUCAAGUUUACUGGAUUAAGACUGUUGUCAAAAAAAAAAGACCAAGCUCAUAGACAACUAAUGCAUCUGUGCUCACUUGCUAAGCAAAUGGGCACCAAGACAAUGUGCUUGUCUUUUCACCUCUGAAGGUGUGUGUGUGUUUCCCUGCGAUGGCGUUACCAUUUCUUGGAUAUGUGUUAAGAUGAGUUAGUAGUGCUUUUGGACACUUAAUAACAGGACCAACAAUAAAGAAAUGAAUGGGUCUUAGAGAACCCGUGCAUCUUGAAAA